CAAGUACAUACUCUAUUAAAGAACUUCUCAACAAAGAUAACAAUCACCUAUUACUGCGUACGGAAGUAUCAAAUAUAUGAAAGAAGUCCUCGUGGCUUGAGUCUAGAUUCGCGACAACUUGUUCACCAACCAUCGAUUGGGGCCUUUUCCGCUUCACCACUUUCUGAUUUAUAACUCACAGUUACUGCGUAGGUGCGUUGAUAUCCGAAUCUCUCUCUCUCCUCUAUCACUGCCUUGUCUACCUGAUGCCCAUCUCGUACCUCGUACUUAUUGUGUGUCGAUCCCUUUGUUGAUGAAUAACUAUCAUCUUCUUCGAGAACCGGAAUUUCCGGUCUAAGGUGCUGCACCACACCCUCUUUUGGAUUGGGACUAUUUUUAUAUUUUAUCUUUGAGGUAUAUACAUACACAAGAAACACACUUUUUGAUUUUUCAAUCUCAGCGCUGCCUGACCAUACAGACUUGUGGAAGAUUUCUCAGACUUGUCCACUCAUUCAAUCAUUUGAAACAGCCGCUACAAUGUUGCCCGACGAACAUGAAUUGUCCUAUCGACCGACGUACACCCGCGAUCAGCUCGCACUGUACGUCUCCUGUAUCGCCCCCGACCCAAGCUACACCCUGUCGACCCUCGAGGCCGAGAUCAAAGCAGAUCCACUGGCCGCUCUUUCGACUCUCCAGCUCCGACAGAUGGCGUUCAACCCAUGGGGCAACGUGGCGUUGCAUUACUCGUGGCACCGUACCCUCUCUCUCGACCCCGAAGCUCUGUUCCACAAGAUCGUCGAGCGAAAACUCGGCGGCUACUGUAUGGAGAACAACGCCUUCUUUUCCACCAUCCUCCGAUCCCUGGGCUAUCAACUGUACGUGACGGGCGCCAGGAUAAGCUAUUCUCUCGAGGGAGGCGCCAAUCCCCAUGGAUUUGCAGGAUGGCAACACGAAGUCAUCCUAGUUACGAUCAAUGGACAGAAGUAUUUGGCCGACGUAGGGUUUGGAUCUCAACCACUCAUCGACGCCAUCCCUCUCGUCAAACCCACGGCGCCCGACUUCUCGGACGCCAGAGUCUACCCGUCCGUGCCGGGGGCCGAGUGCCGCCUCGUCUACCGCGCCAUCGCGCCCAACACCGACCCGACCCAGCGGCUCUGGGUGUUUGAGACCCGCAACGCCUCGAAGCCCGAAUGGGCCGCGGGUUACUGUUUCAACGAACUCGAGUGGCUCCCCGGGGACUUUGAGAUCAUCAACUACCGCACCUCCAUGGACCCUUCGAGCUGGUUCACCCACCGGCUCGUGCUGGCCAAGAUCCUGGUGGACGAGAAGCGGUUGAAGCCCACCGGCACCGUCACGUUGAACGGCGGCAAGAUCGAGCGCCGACUGGGCGCCGAGUACGGCGGCAAGGGGGGCAAGGAGGUCGUGGUCGACGCCAAGACCGAAAAGGAUCGCAUCGUCGGCCUGAGGACGUGGUUCAAUGUCGUCUUGCACCCUGACGAGGAGAGGGGGAUCAAGGGCAUGGCGAGUGAGAUUGCGGAGCCCUUUCAGGUGAGUACGGACGCCUGAAUGAAUGAAAGAUUUUCAUACGAUCGAAUUGGAUAUAUAUAUACACACACGAAGAAGUUGUAGAGAAGCUGGAACUAGAAGAAUGGUCGGACGACGGAACAUCAUUGUACAUGUGCUGUUUCGAGGUGUGUCAGGAAAUGAGUAUAUUGAAAACGGAAAAGAUGGAGUUGAUUGUGUCGAUGAUUCGAAAUCAACGGUGCAGCGUAAGUAUAGUGGAGUUUGUCUUGUGUCGAGAUUUCAGAAGUAGACUUAUUAGAAAGUAGAUGCUACAAGAAUGUAAGAGGCCAAAGUUGAAUACUG